UACUCUCCUGACCUGUACAGUUUAAGCUGAUCGUGAUAAAGCCCAUUACAGUUAUGAUGUGUUCCUAAUAUUUCUUAGCCAGAUGACAUACAUAAGAUGUCAUGUCAUUACACAGGAACUUUUGUUUUUCCACUGAUGCCAUCAGGAGCGAGGGCUGGCAAUAGGAAGCUAUGUAAGCAGCACGAUUCAUCCCAAUCCUGACCACUUUUGACUGACCGUGCUCACACAGGAAAGGUAAGCGAGAAACCAAAUAUUAUGUUGGGCGAUUUUCUAAAUGCUCAAGAUUGCAAAAAGGUGGAAAGAACCAAAUCUUUAGGCGUUUUCAUCAAUUUAGCAGUUAAAACAUAGAACACCGCUUUCAAAAAUGUGCUCCUCAUUCCCACAUAUUUAUUCUUUCAUGCCAGGCAGUACAUGUUCACCGCUUCAGCCCAUCAUGGACCUGUUGCUCCAGGCAGCAGCAAUAAUCCUGCUGCUGGCCUCCCUGCCCGAAUCACUCUCUACCCCAUCACAGCAUCUGUGCGGCUCCAGCCUGGUGGACGCGCUUUACCUUGUGUGUGAGCCUAGAGGCUUCUUUUACUCCAGCAGAAGCAGGAGGGACCUGGAGACUUUGCUGAGUAAGGAGUUUAUGAACAAAACUGUUUUGAUGAAACUUUGUUUUUUAAAGUGUUCUCUUCCACUUCCAGCCUUGCUCUCAAAAUUAGCAGAUUAUGAGGUAGCCCAGACCAAUCCAUUAAAACAGAAGGUGAUGAUGAAGAUGAAGAGAGGCAUUGUGGAACGAUGCUGCCACAGGCCCAGCACCAUCUACCACCUGGAGGACUACUGCAGCUGA